UUCUGUUUCAAAAGUCUUCCUUUUUAGUUUUUACCACCCUUUAACUCCAUCCAUCCAUUCCAUUAUUCUCUCUCUUUCUGCAAAUAAAUUCUCAAUAAUUUUCUCUCACUUCAGUUUUUGAGAUAGUGACUUUAACUAAUUCUUACUGUUUGAUUUUUUCUCUCUCCUCCAUUGUUGUUCUGUUUUGAAACAGGGUAAAAAAACAGAGUUCACAAAUCCAAAAAAGAUAAGAACUUUUGAUUUUUUUGGGGAUUAUUUGGUGAAGAAAAUGACUGUUGAACAAAGAAAUGAUGAAUCCCAUGAUCAAUUUCCAGUGGGUAUGAGAGUUUUGGCUGUUGAUGAUAACCCAAUUUGUCUUAGGCUUCUUGAGACUCUUUUGAGAAAGUGCCAAUAUCAUGUUACGACAACGAGCGAAGCUAUUACAGCUCUGAAGAUGCUGAGAGACAAUAAGAACAACUUUGAUCUCGUUAUUAGUGAUGUACACAUGCCGGACAUGGAUGGUUUUAAGCUGCUCGAGUUUGUGGGGCUUGAGAUGGACCUGCCUGUCAUAAUGCUGUCUGCCAAUGGUGAUCCCAAGCUAGUAAUGAAGGGGAUUACCCAUGGAGCUUGUGAUUACUUGCUUAAGCCUGUGAGACUGGAGGAGCUAAAGAAUAUCUGGCAGCAUGUAGUCAGGCGAAAGAAGUUUGAUUCGAAAGAUAGAAACAGCUCUAACAGCCUGGACAAAAAUUCCAGUGAAGGAAAUGGAACUAGAGAUGCAAAUUUUGAUCAGGAUACUAAGCAGUGUAGAAAGCGGAAGGACCAGAAUGGGGAUGAUGAUGAAGACCAAGAUGAGAAUGAGAAUGAUAACGAAAAUGAGGACCCUUCCUCUCAGAAGAAACCUCGUGUUGUUUGGUCCGUGGAACUGCACCGCAAGUUCGUUGCUGCUGUUAACCAGCUUGGUCUAGACAAAGCUGUACCUAAGAAAAUCCUGGAGUUGAUGAACGUUGAUAAGCUUACCAGAGAAAAUGUGGCCAGUCAUCUCCAGAAAUACCGGCUGUAUUUGAAAAGAAUCAGCUCAGUGGCUAAUCAACAAGCUAACAUGGUUGCUGCAUUAGGGGGUGCAGAUUCACCCUAUCUCCGCAUGAACCCUGUAAAUUUCCACGGCUUUAAUGGCAGUCCGCAAUUCCAUAACAAUUCGCUGCGAUCCAUUACACCUGCUGGAGUUCUGGGCAGAUUGAACACUCCAGCUGGCCUCGGCCUUCAUGGACUCCCCCCUUCUGGGCUUGUGCAGUUGGGGCAAUGCCAAAUGCAAACUUCUUCCAUCAAUGAUUCCACCAAAUUCCAGCCCACCUUGUUGCCAGGGGAUCAUAAUCAUACAGGCACUGUACUUCAAGGGAUGCCGACAUCACUGGAAUUCGAUCAACUUCACAAAAAUAGCACUACCAUGUUGACUGGCUCAAGUAACUCGAUUCUCAGCCUUCCUAAUAGCUCAUUGACAAUGCAAGGGCGUAGUUCUCAAGAAAGACAACAUCUCCAAGGUUUUGGUGUAACCUCGGAUCCUCCCCCUAAUUUGAUGGAUAAUAGUCGAUGCAAUAGCACUUGGCCCGCAGCUGUUCAAUCACAGUCAACUUCUAUGAACCCCAUGGGGAAUGGGGUGCAUGAUAUUUCACCAAAUAUGUCAAUCCCAAGUCGGUUGCAGAACCCAAGUUUGAUGAGUGAAAACAUGAUGCAAAACAUGAGUUAUGUGACAAAGCAAGCUUGGGAUCCAGAUUAUCUGGACUCUUCAGUGGGCAACACUCAAAGUGGAUAUGAUCCAAGGAACACGAGUUCAGUUUUACAUAGAGAGACAAAUUUUAAUUCAAUAGGACAACAGAGAUUUGAUUCAUUAGGCCCGCAACAUGACCCGAUGAUCCGGAAUUCACAAGUAGACAUGGCAAUACGAUUAAAGCAAGGGGAGUUCAUGGAACAAGGAGGGCGGCCUUCAGGCAAUUACAAUUCUGGUAAUGCUGCCGGUUCCUUGGAAGAUGUCGUAACUGCAAUGUUUAAGCAUGUAUAAUCUUUGUUUUGUUUUCCUUGUGCAGGUAUUUGCUUUUUUUAAAUUAGAUUUAGAAUCUUGAAAGUUGAUUCUGAUGUCUUGAAAAAUUUCCUGUAAAUCUUUUGCUUCACUCUGGGAUUUGAAAGUCCCAUCUUUCUUGCCAUCUGUUUUACCUUUCUAUGAAUAAUUUCAAGAGAAUUUCAUAUUGUAGUGAAACUAUAUUGUACUACUAUGUUAGAAGCUUUUGAGUUUUUACUUA